AUGAACACUAAUAAGAAAAACAGCAGAAGCGGCGGUACAGGGAGGAGAUCAAGGAGCAGGAGCAACAACAAUGGCAGCAGCACCACCACCACCGGCACCGGCACCGCCACGACGACGACGACGACAGCUAUGGAGAGGAAGGAGAUCGAGAGGAACAGGAGGCUGCACAUGAAGAGCCUCUGCUUAAAGCUCGCCUCCCUCAUCCCCAAGGAACACUGCUCCUCCAACUCCAAGGACGCGAUGACCCAGCUGGGUUGCCUGGACGAAGCGACGGCGUACAUCAGGAAGCUCAAGGCGAGAGUAGAGGAGCUGCAGCGCAACAGGAGCUCUGCGCAGCUCUUGCUUACCAAGAAGAGAGGAGAAGACUACGACGGAGCCGCCGUCAGAACAACUUCUUCCGGCACGGGCACGGCCACGGCCACCGCGGGGUCGUCGUCAGAAGAAGAAGCCGCCGCCGGUGCAGCAGAGGAGGAGCCGGCGGCGGUGGUGGAGGUGCGGCACAGCCACGACGGGUCCAGCCUGGAGGUGGUGCUCAUCAGCAGCGUGCGGCGGCCGUUCAAGCUGCACCAGGUGGUCACCGUGCUGGAAGAAGAAGGCGCCGAGAUCAUCAGCGCCAACCUCUCUGUCGACGGCCGCAGAAUGUUCCACACCAUCCACUCCCGGGCCUUUAGCUCAAGAAUAGGCAUAGAUGUUUCAAGAGUUUCUGAAAGACUAAGAGCAUUGGUAUGA